AUGAAGGCUUUCUCAGCAAUUCUCAUUGUGCUUGCCAGUGUUGGACUCGGAGAUGCAGCCGACUUCUGCGCCCCACAAUCCAAAUCUUGCAUCAAUCUUCCUCAAGCCUCAGCCAAGGCCUGCUCAUCACUUAUCUCCAAAGCCGGUCUCAAGUUAACAACAUGUUCUAAACCCAGAUCUACGAUCACCAAGACAACGACUGUUCAGCCAUUGACGACUCAGACUAUUACUGUAACGCAAACAGCUUCUAUCACUAUUGCGACCAACGUGCAGAGAACCAUUCAGAAAACUGUUACGAGCACUACGGUCUCUCAAACCACGUUGGUUCAGACGACCACGAGCACUACACAGACAACAUUGAUCGUACCCGUAACAGUGACAGGUUCCCAAGACGAGACCAUAACAACUACAAUUACCUCUUCGAUACCGUACCAACAGGAGACAUGUGCUGCUGCUACUCCAGUGGUCCGCAAACGUGGAAACAACUACAAAGCAUUGAACAUAAUUCCUCGUGAUUGCUCGUGUUACCUCACAAGAACAACCACCUGCGGUCAAACCACAACAACGUCGACGGUUACCAGACCCACUUCGACUGUACGAGUGACGCGGGUCAAACUUACCACCGUUACCAAGUACAAUUCAAAGACCUCUGAUAUCCUUCAAACCGCAACAGCUGUCGUUUCUGCUGUCUCAACCGACUCUUCGACAACAACUAUCACCAUCACAGAGACACCCUCUCUGACUUCUGUCGUUGCAACUACUACAACAACGACUACUUCCACAGCAACCGCUACUCAGACCGUUGAGGCUGAUCCCUGCGCCGAUCCUGUCCUUUACACUUCCACUCGACCCGACUAUCCUGGUUCUGUCUGGGGUGUAUUGUCGGAUUCCAACAAUCCCAAGGACUGCUGUUAUCGCUGCUUCGGCAGCAACGCGGGAUGUCUGUAUUGGAAAUUCUCUAAUUUUGCUUGUACCCAGUAUGUCAUCCCAAAUAAGAUGGAUGCAGUAUCAUGCAUCACAAAAAGCUGUCGCAAGGGUAGACCAUCACUUAUAUCUGCUGCUGGCGAUGGAGCGACCUAUGGUGUUGGAAUCUGUGCUGCCGCAGGGUUCAGUGGAUGA